AUGGCAUCCUACCCCCGCCCAGAUUUCCAACGCAAAUCCCUAAACUGGACAACCCUAGACGGCCCCUGGUCCCUCCUCUUCGACGACACAAACACAGGCCUCUCAAACCAAUGGCAAAAAACAGCCCUCCCACCCCAAAGCCCAACCAACACAUCCCACAAAAAACGGCCCAUAACAGUCCCCUACGCCUUCCAAACCCCAGCAUCAGGCAUAAACCUCCACGAAGUCCACGAAGUGUUAUGGUACGAACGCACCAUCACAGACAUCCGCACCGAAGCCGAAAAAACAGCCAAAAACCGCCUCCUCAUCCGCUUCGGCGCCGUAGACUACCAAUGCACCGUCUGGGUCGACGGGAACCUCGUAGGCUCGCACCGAGGCGGCCACGUCCCCUUCGACAUCGACGUCACAGAUGCCUUCACGGGCCCCGAUCCAAGCGCCCGCCUUACCCUGCGCGUAUGGGACUCCGCCACGGACCUGGCCCAGCCGCGCGGCAAGCAGUUCUGGGGCCCGGUCCCAGAGAGUAUCUUCUACACGCCUACCAGCGGGAUCUGGCUUUCUGUCUGGAUGGAGAGCGUGCCGCGCAUGCGGCUUCUGGAUGGGAGCGGGGGCACGGUGCUGAGAUCAGACGAUAUCGAUAGCGGCCGGAUCCGCGCCCAUGUUGCCUUUGCGGGACAUUUGGCUGCUAGUGCGCAGGGGCAGGCACGGGGUAGCGUUGAGAUCGAGGUCUCGAUUGCUGGGGUGGUGGUUAGUACGACGCGGGCCGACGUGCACGGGAGCCGGGACUGGGCCGAGCUAGAGGCUAGUGUGAGUGUUGGCGAGCACGAGGUCGCGGGGUUGAAGAAGCGGAAGGAGAAGGAGCUGGCUUGUUUGCGGGCUGAGGGGGCGUGGCAUGAUCAUGGGGUUGGAGGUGUUGCGUUGUGGGCGCCGGAGCACCCGAUUCUGUACGAUGUGGUUCUCCGGCUUUACGAUGCGGAGAACGUGCUUGUUGAUGAGGUGGGCACUACGACCGGGAUGCGCAGUUUGGGUUGGACGAGCGGGGAUGGGACGUUCCGGCUGAAUGGGCGGCCCUAUUUCCAGAUGCUCUUCCUUGAUCAGGGGUAUUGGCCGGAGACGGGGCUUACGCCGCCUUCGUCUGAGGCUUUGAGGGCGGAUAUCGAGAUGGCGAAGGCGUUGGGGUAUAAUGGGUGUCGGAAGCACCAGAAGGUUGAGGAUGCGAGGUUCAUGUAUUGGGCUGAUCGGGUCGGGUUCAUUGUUUGGGGGGAGAUGGCGAAUGCGUAUGAGUUUGGGGCUGACUAUGUUGAGCGAAUGGAUGCGGAGUGGACGGAGGCUGUGAGGAGGGAUAUCAAUCAUCCUUGCAUUGUGACGUGGACGCCUGUCAAUGAGAGUUGGGCGUAUCCGGAUUUGAAGGGGAGCAUUGAGCAGAGGAACCAUGUGCGGUCGCUGUAUUAUUUGACCAAAUCACUCGACCCCAGCAGGCCUGUAAAUGACAACUGUGGCUGGGAGCAUGUCCUCACGGAUCUGACUACUUACCAUGACUACGCCGACUCUGCCGAUCUAACUUCCACAUGCUCAAAGAUGGAAGGCGGCAUCCUUGGCCCUAAAGGUGGACACGAGAUGUUCACCAAGCCUAUCUACUCCGGGUUUGCAGGCCACACGCUUCUCGACUCCGGUGCGCAGCACAAAGCAGGUGCACCGGUGAUCUGUACAGAGUUUGGAGGUGUGAACAUCACGCCUGCAAAAGAUGGGCAGAAGGCCGGGGAGCGGGAUUGGGGGUACACGACUGCGGCAGAUGUGGAGGAUUUCUUGGUGAGGUAUGAGAAGUUAGUUAUGGGGGUGGUCAAGGGAGGACAUUCCUGUGGACUUGUUUAUACGCAAUUGUGUGAUAUCGAGCAGGAAGUAAAUGGUCUUUAUUCCUAUGAUCGAAAGGAAAAGGUGCCUGUCGACCGGAUCAAAGCUAUUAUGGAUGCGGCAAAGGAUUACUACUACGACCAUGUUGGUGUACAGACGCAUGGAGCGAAGGGAUGGAAGAAGCUUCUUGAGCAAGGAAGACAGGUACUUCACCGAUAA